AUGGCUCCACAUGGGAUCACCUUCUUGAGACUGACCGGUUGGUCGUGGAAAAUCGUGUUGGCUCUCAUCGCGUGCAACCAUCUCGCUCUGAUGUGGCCGUUCUUCUUCGCCGUCGGAUGCAACGCCAAGAUCGAAAACCAGUUCAAACUGCAGUCCGCACCAGUUUUACGCGAACGUGAGUACCUUCUAUAUUACACAGAAUAUUGUGAUAUUAUCUGCCACAAUUUCAGCCAGAGUUCCGGAAUGCUGAAAAUAUGA